AUGGCGCUGAUGAUGGACUCUCUGGUGUUGGGCCUGGUCCUGGUGGUGAGCGGGGCGGCAGCGGUGCCCACGCUGCCGAUUGUGGGUAUUCCUGGUUAUGCGGGAUCAUCGCUUUACUUUAACCUCACAGAUGCCCCGACCUUGGUGCCACAUUGCCCAAAAACCGUGACGUUCGUGACCGCCGCCGGCGCCCCCCCACCACGCAUCUCACCCCGCACAAGCCAAUGGCAGACGAUGCAGCACCUUACCAUGGGUGAAACCUCUUGGUCGGGCCUCAUGCCUUCUGAGGCUUCAGUUACAGCUGGCUUGCAGGCCCGCUCAAAGGAGCUCACAAAUACCGUCGAAGAGACAGACAAUCCUUGGCCCGACAUUGCUAACAUUGACACCCACUACGACUGGCGGUUUCCAUUGGCCUCACUUGAGCCGUUUUAUGACGAACUCCGUAUUCUCGUGGAGAACCAAUACAAUGACAACAAUAAAACCAAGGUCGUCCUUUGGACCAGCUCGUGGGGCCCACAAGUUGUGCUGGCCUUUUUGCACCGUAUGCCCCAAUCAUGGAAGGACCAGUACAUCUCCUGGUUUGUGGCCAUUUCGCCCAUUUGGGCCGGUGCGCCGUUGCCCGUCGAGGCCUUGGCUUCGGGCUGGUCUGAGGAUCCCGAUGGCGAACCAGGCUUUUUUGUGCGUAUCGCGGCCACGCGAGUCUGGUCGAUUUUUGGGAUCUUUCCCCGCCCUGGAGAACACAACUAUACGUUUUCCAAGGAUGACGUGCUGGUGCAGACGCCCAGUCGCAAUUACACGGCCUAUGACAUGACGCAGUUGAUGAAGGACCUUGGUUUUGAAGGCAAGCUUGAAGGCAUGAACGCCAUUGUAGAGGAUGAAGAUCUCAAAAACCUCGCUCACCCCGGCGUCAACACGUUCAUGCCCUACGGCUACAACCUCACAACUCCCGGCAAGUUUGUGUACGACAAGGACUUCAAGCCCAACCCCCUGCACAUUCCCAACAUGACGAUGCAGUACCCGGUGCCGGAAACGGGCGAUGGCUACGUUCCCGUUCGCUCCGCCUUCCGUGGGUGGUACGAGUGGGCUCAACCCAUGAAGCAGGCCGGCAAGCAACUCGUCAUCAAGGGUUAUCCGAACAUGUUCCACAGCAACUGCACCAACGAUUGCGUUGAUGACAUUAUCAACCUCGUAACCUACGAUCAAGUGCCACAGGAUGCCAAGUUCAAUUUCCACCCCCAUGCCAAGAAGCCCGAGCCGCAAGUUUAG